UCACUUGGCCGCUGUAAGGCCGCCAGUGGCCCUGGUCGUCCUGCCAUUCCCACACAGCUAUCAUGGGUUGGGACUGACUCACGGAGCCGGACGGGUUCGCGGCGGAGACCGAGGGCCCGUUCCUGGAGCCGUUUACCCUGGCACAGGAACCAGACACAAUCGCCAUAAUGGGCCCCGGUCAGCGUAGCUUGAUGCUAACAACAACUAGGAUUUGCUUCGCUCUACGAAGAAAGAGUGAGCUAGCUAGGCUAAGCUAGGCUAGGCUAGCUGGGUUCGUUAAAGAACACCAUGAUGAACCCUUUAAAAUCCCCUCAAUUGCACCAGACACAACUCCGAAUGAUGUUGAAACGAGUAUUCAAGCGCAUAUUGGCAAAAAUGUCGAAGCGAAGAGCAAAGCUAAGCGUUUGGAGUAUUAGCUUUGUGACAGCAGUGUUGCCAGGAUGCUUUUCGACCCUUUGCUGCUGCCUUCAUGAACAAUCAGACAGUUACUGAUGAUGACCAGGAAAGGCUGUUGUUGAAUAUGCCAGCAGCAGUCUUCUUCAUUCUCAUGGCUGUCAACACACACAAGAUUGGCCUGUCAUGGAGCAUGUUUCAUGGAUGGAUGCAUGGAUUGAUGGAGCACAGCAUUAAUCACCGCCUGCACAGACAUCAUCUACCCAGAAGCACUAACAGGAAGCCGUAUAUGUUGAAUGAGGCGUGCUUGCGAGACUCCUCUCCUCAGUAAGGUGAGCACGUUCACUUUGAAGGGACUUCAUAAGGAGGACAAGCCAACAUCUAAGCUACCGUGUCCAGACAUCUAGUUCAGGGAUCUGUGCGCACAAAGACCGCGAGAAGAAGAAAAGGAGACUCCAUUCAUUGAAGGAACAACGAUAGAGUCGAGUUCAUCGGACUUGGCUGGCGUUCAGACUCCGUCAACCGAGGAUGCUGAAGUGAAAUGGAGUGAAAUGGAAUAAGCCGCAACUCACUGGACUUCUUGCUCGUUCCUUAUUUUUUGGUUCGGAGAGCGACCCACUAACUAUCUAACCAAGCGCGUCCAGAACCUGGUACAACGGAUCGUUUCCUUCUCUCCCCCCAAAAAGCACUUCCAGCCUUCCUCCCAGGUGGCUCGCAAGUGUAGCCCGGGGAAGUGAGUGACAGCUCGGACACAGCUGUGCGUAAUCGUCCGGUCCCUCCUUCCACCUCCACGGAAGUCUAUUUUUAUUUUAUCCUCUUAUUUUAUUGUGAUUCACAAAACUUUACAACCAUAUUAAGACAGGGGAAGGCUAUUUUUGCGUGCCAUUUCUGAUUUUUGGAGACGUUUCUCGGAACUUCACGAGGGGGCACAAACGCUCUAGUCUAGCCGGGGCGAGGACGCUGAUCGGCGCCGAGAAGCGCGGAGGGACCGCCAUCUAUCCAUCACAUCGUUGACUGAGAUCCAGACAGCCCUCAGAGGGACUGCACCCAAGAGGUGUCCACUCAUUCUGGGAUUAAACCACCACCUUUCCUGGGGGAUUCUACCAUGUCAGGUGCAGUGGAUUGCACAUGGACGCUCGUCGUUUUCGUGGCGGGGCUUUCAUGUGCUCUUGCAGGGAAAGUCUCCCCGACCAGUUCCGAUGCCCUCCUCAGCUCCUCGGCGGUGACAGCCAGUCCUUUGCCCCCCAGCGUCUACCUGCCGGCCAACUUCAAAAUGUCCAAUGCACAGCUCGCCUUCUUUCUGCGCGAGGCCCAGGUCUCCGGACAGAAUGUGCGUUCCAGCAGCGCUCCCAGCAUCGGACACCCUCUGCAGCGCUCGGAGAGUUUUGUGGUUUUUCAGACAAAAGACCUCCCCGCCAUCAACAUCAGCUUUGGGCCUUUUGCCCGAGACCAGGCGCUGUCUAAGGAGUUGCUCCAGCCAACCAGUCCACUGGAAAUUCCUGGCCAGCUGACAGUCAACUGGAAGGUACGAGCCUUCAUUGUCCAGUCGAGGGUGUUCUCCAACAACCCGAUGGUGCAGGUGUUUUUCUACAUCGCCGGCCGGGACUGGGACGACUUCAAGGCACAGGACAAGCUGCCGUGUGUCCGCCUGCAUGCCUUCCGAGACGUGCGGGAGAUUAAAACAUCCUGCCGCAUGAAAGGCAACCUGGCACAGUGCUUGGCCCAACUGGAGCUGCCGCCGUCCUGGUUUAACACCAACGUGGCCCCCCUGGGCCGCCGGAAAGGCUCUGGGGAUGGACUCUUGGAUGGGCUCACCAGUGAGACCCUCCAGACAGAGCUCUACUACACACUGCACGAGCCAGACGUGGAGGGCGAAUGUGGGGAGACCUCGGGCCACAGGGCCGGCGCUGGGUCCAGGGGGGAGCCUCUGUCGCAGCACCCCCUGCUGCGCAUCGGCAGCAUCAGCCUGUAUCAGGCCAGUCAGGAGCAGCUGCUGGUGGACAAGCAGCUGGACAAGAACAUGUUCCUCAGGCUGCCAGAGAAGCCUCUCAAGCCUGGAGAGACGCUCAAGAUUUUCUUGUACUUGAUGCCCAACUCCACCGUGGAACAGUUCACUCUCAAGGUGAAAGCCAAGAAAGGGGUAAACCUGAUCCAGACCAAGUCCAAGAGCGCCCAGUGGAAGGUGGAAUGGGAGGUUCUUUCCGGCGCCAAGCAUUCCAUCACCACCAUCGACGUGAAUAAGAACAAAGCCGUCAAGCAAGGGGACGUUUUGGGGAACGCCGAGGUGAUGCAGUUGGACUUCGAGAUGGAGAACUUCACCAGCCUGUCAGUGACCAGACGCAUCAACUGGAACAUCGACUACAAGGGCCAGAGCCCGGCCAGCGAGUCGGAGAAGGUGGUGACCGAGUUGACGGUGGUGCAGCGGGACAUCCAGGCCAUCCUCCCUCUGGCCAUGGACACGGAGAUCAUCAACACUGCCAUCCUGACGGGCCGGACGGUUGCCAUCCCCGUCAAGAUGGUCUCCAUAGAGAUGAACGGGGUGGUUACGGACGUCUCGGCCUUUGUGCAGUGCAAGUCGUCCAACGAAGACAUUGUUAAGGUCUCCAUGAAUUGCGACUACGUGUUUGUCAACGGCAAGGAGACCCGAGGGUCCAUGAACGCCAGGGUCAUCUUCAGCUACGAGCACCUGAGCGCACCAUUGGAGCUGACCGUGUGGGUGCCCAAGCUCCCCCUGCAGGUGGAGCUGUCGGACAACAACCUGAGCUUCAUCAAAGGAUGGCGGGUCCCCAUUCUGCCUGACAGAAGGAGCACCAGAGACAGCGAUGCAGACGAAGACGAUGACGAACGCCGGGUGAGCCGAGGAUGCACCCUGCAGUACCAGCGUGCCCUGGUCAAAGUCCUGACCCAGUUCCACACCACGUCCACCGAGGGCACGGACCAAGUCAUCACUAUGCUGGGACCCGAAUGGCAGGUGGAUGUCACGGACCUGGUACAGGACUCGCUGAAGGUGGCGGACCCCCGGAUAGCAGAGCUGGUGGACAGGACGGUCCUGGUGGGCCUGGAGCUGGGAUCCACCGCGUUGAAGGUGGACUCUCCUCUGGCUGUGGACGCCGUGCUGGGACAGACGGCCUUCUCUGUCACAGACGACAAGGUUUCCAUCACUGAGCUCCGUGUCCACACCGUUUCGGGCCUGACCCUGUCGCUGCAGCCCAGCCCCGGCAACAGCCACACCAUGGUUGCCAAGGCAACAGGCCUGCAGACGCUCACCGCUCCCAAACAGGAGGCCAGUCUGUCCGUCUGGAUGCUCUUCAGCGACAACACGGCCGCCACCCUGACCUACUUCGAUCCCAAAGACUACAACUUCAAUGCCUCCUCGCUGGACGACAAGGUGGCGUCAGUGUCCCAAGAGCCACAGCAGCGUUGGCCCGUGGUGGUGGCGGAAGGCGAAGGCUCCGGCGAGAUUGUGCGUGUGGAGAUGACGAUCUGCGAGGCCUGCCAGAAGACCAAACGCAAAAGCAUCAUCGCCUCGGCCGGCGUCUAUGUCAAGGUCCGCUUUGGCCCGGACGACGACUUUGAAGAGGAGGUGACCACCGAAGGGGAGAUGGAGUUAGCCCCCUUUACCAGGCGUCCCAUCCUUGAUCCCAACAUGAGCGGGAGGAUUUACGAGACGUCUAACGAGCAGCCUGCCAGCGUUCCCAUCGAUUACACCAGCUUCCCCACCAUUAGCAACCAGGAGCAGCCCACUGAGACCGACGACGAAGAGGAGGAGGAGGAGGAAGAUGAUGACUUUGUACACUCGCGUCGCAACAUGACCGACCUGGAGAUUGGCAUGUACGCCCUCCUGGGGGUCUUCUGCCUCGCCAUCUUGGUGUUUCUCAUCAACUGUAUCGUCUUUGUGCUGAAGUACCGCCACAAGCGGAUCCCCCCGGAAGGGCAGGCCAACAUGGACCACUCCCACCACUGGGUCUUCCUGGGCAACGGCCAGCCGCUGAGGGCCCAGUGCGACCUGUCGCCGCAGCAGGUGGAAAGCCCCGGUAAUACCUUGGAAGGCGUCCAGACGUGCUGUCAUGGCGACCACCACAGCAGCGGCAGCUCCCAAACAAGCGUGCAGAGCCAGGUGCACGGGCGCGGCGACGGCAGCUCCGGCGGUUCCACCAAGGAGGCCGGCGAUGAUGCCAGCUCACCCACGUCCAAGCGCAAGAGAGUCAAGUUCACCACCUUCACCACGCUGCCCACCGAGGACCUGCCCUACAACUCCAUCCCCAUCGCCGAUGAGGAGGACAUUCAGUGGGUGUGUCAGGACAUGGGCUUCCAAGACCCCGAGGAACUGCACGACUACAUGCGCAGAAUAAAAGAAAUUGCCUGAGAGCCGAGGCGCCCCUUUCUUCUUUCUAUCAUUUCCUUUCCACCUCAGUGAAAGACCAGCUUUCACAGACUCAAAACAGAUUUUGGUUAGCGUUUGUUCUGUUUAGUUUGCACAGUGCUGUAAUCGUAAACACGCUCACACUCGCCACCAACGGAGUUUCAAGGAAGACAAAAGCAGGAGACCAUCGGAAGCCAAAGACUCCACCGAGAGGACGGGUGAUCUUGCGGGAUCUCAGCCCGACGCCGGCUUCAUUGGGCUUCAGUGGAAGUGAACACGAGUGUACGAGCUCCGAACAAAGAGGCCUUUGAUGAACGCGCUCCAAAAUACUGUCAAAGACGCUCAUGAAAAGCUAUUUUCAAGGUAUUUUUUUGGUUUUGCCAAAGUAGGAAAAGAGUUCAUGGCAGUACUUUUUCCCCAUUGUCCGUUGUGUCGCUGCACAGGUAUGACUUCUACUCAUUGCUUACACUUUUCUACAAGCUGUCGCCGCCACACUACUACUACUCGUACUACUACUAUUGCUACUACUACUACUACUACUACUACUAGUACUACUGCUCUCCUUUGGCCCCGGAACAAUUCCAAUGCCUUACAACCACACAGGUCACAGUUCACUGGUAUCGGCGAGGCCGGACGCCGUGUGGAGCGUCUUACUCUGUAGCAAGCAGCUUUGCAUAUUGUCUUUGAUCUUUGCAUGGACGGAGGCACAAUCACUUAUUAUUAUUAUUAUUAUUAUUAUUAUCAUUAUUAUUAUUAUUAUUUCUCCCACCCAUCACCUAAAUUUGUAAAUGUUUGUACGGUACGAAUAUAAUCAUGCAUUAUGCGCAUGCCAUGAUGAUGCCACAUACGUGCAAACAUUCCUCUCUGGCGUAUAUAUAUAUAUAUACUGUAUAUAUACACAUACGUAUAUACUGUAUAUAUACUGUAUAUACUGUAUAUAUAUAUACACAUAUAUACUGUAUAUCCAGACAGCGGCUUGCACUGACAGAAAGCGCCAUAAAACUUGUAGCUGUUGUGUUUUUUAAAAACUGUUUGACUGUUAAAGUUGACCCCCCCCCACCCCCACCCCCACCCAAAAAAAUAGUUUUUAUGAUCAAGCUGGAGCACAAUAUCCUCUGAUCUCCACGUCAGUCCACGAGGAAGGCCACUGAAGACAUGGUGUGUGGGGGUUUUUUUCUCAUCUUUUGUCUUUUUUACAUGAAAUACUUUGUAAAAAUACUUCUUACAAAGUAUUGGGAUGCAAACGAGAGACGGGAUGUCUGUGUGUGUCGCAUGUCAUCUGGGUGAUGUGUAAUCUAGAUUAAAUGUAAUGUAUGAAAUCUGUGUCAUUUUGCAACUUGGGUCCUUUGUUAUCUGGGUAACAUGUCAUCUAUGUAACAUAUAAUCUGGUUAAACCGGGUUAUAUGUAAUCUGGCUCUCACUGUGAAUCCAGGUAACAUCAUGUCGGUAACAAUCUCAUUCGUAAUCUGGGGUGAUUGGGCUAACACGUGAGUGUAGUCUGAUCAACAUGUGAUCUAAAUUUAUAAUCUGGGUAACAUUCAAUCUAAUCAAUGUAAUCUGCAUUAUAUGACAUUAAGUGAUCAAAGUCGGAUUUAAUCUGGGUAACGUGUGAUUGAUGGUUGGCCUACAUGCAAGCAUGGUAACAUAAUCUGGAUAAAAUGUAAUACGGGUUAUUCUGGCUCCCAUGUAAUGUGUGUUAUAUAUAAUAUGGAUACAGUGACAUGUAAUCUGGGUAACAUUUGUAAUUCAGGGAAAUAUGUAAUAUCUCAUAAUCUGAAUUAUUUGUUAUCUUGGGCAGAUGCAAUUGGAGUAACAUGUCAACUCAGUAGUUUGUAAUCUAGACGACAUGUAGUCUGAGCAACAUGUCAUUUGUGUUCCUUUUAGUCAUAACAUAAUCUGUAUAACUUUCAAUCUGGAGUCAUUUGUCAUCUGGCUAAUUUGUAAUCUGUGUCUCAUCUAAUCUGGAAAACAAUCUAGGAAAUAUGGAUGACACAUAAUCCAGCUCCAUCAUCCGCGUGUCAUGUGAUCUGGGUUGCGUGUCAUCUGGAUUAGGUGUCAUCCGCCCGGACGUCAGGUUCAUCAGGUUGUUGAUGAGAUGGAUGUGACAGACACAGGUUGUUUUGAAGUAAUGCUCCGCAGUGGCGGCUCCGGAAGGGAAGCAAAUGAAAUCCAUGUCCAAGCUCGGUUUGCGGCAUGACAGCGGAGCUAAUUGUGCUUUUAAUUGCUGUCGCUCUUUAUAGUCUUUAGCGUUUUAGCAGAGAGCACUUUAAAGGUUCUUUAAGAUAAUCAAACAAGCUCCUUUUUUCCACACACUAAUGAAGCAAACCAUGAGAUGAAAUAUCCUUUUUUUCCUUUCUUGUGUCACUUUUUCUCUUUUACUUCAAACUGCUUCAAAGGGCUCGGCGAGGUCUGAAGGCCGGCUGAGAGAUUUAAGAGGGGACAGCGAUAAAGAACCACAUGCGGCAUCUGAUCUCCGCUGCACUGGUGCUUUCAUUGAAGACCCAGUCCGGAAUUGUCUUAUGCAAAAACCCAAGUUUGCAUUUUGAAAUCAUCACUCACCAUUUCAUUUGAAGGACAACAUCUCUAUUUCAUUAGUCAACAAAACAUUUUGCCCUGACGAACGUGCACCCGGGGAGCAAUGACCUCCUCCAAAACCAAUUUUAAAAAAUGCAUAUUUUAUGUCUUAUGGAUCGGCUCUGGGGUUUUGUCAACCUUGGCAGCUUUUGAAUAACCUUCAACAACCAAACUGCUUGGCUUUGACUAGGGCUGUCAACUCUUUUCAUCGGAUUAAACACAGUUUUCAAAUGAAUUAAUCAUGAUUAAUUACCAUUUGCAACAACAGUCGUUCUGUUCAAAUUUUGAGGCUUCAGUCUGUCACAGUUUUUAAAGGGGACCUAUUAUCCUCAUUUUUCGACCCUGUGUAUUGAGUUGUGGACUCCUAUGGAGAAGCUACACACAAUAACCCUCACAGAAAAUCUUCUCAAUCUUCCAGAAUCUGCACCUAUUCCAGCUGUAUUUCCUUGGAUUUGUGCUUCCCACCAAAACAGUCUGUUUUAAUUUAUUCCACCCACAUUCUGUUUCCGGGCACGCCCACUUCGCUGUUAUUGGUCACGCGUUCAAAGUGCUUCCGAACUACGAACGAACCCCACUUUCUAAUUUAGUGGGUAUAGGAGUUGAGUCUUUGGGAGCUUGCCCGAGGAGGAGCACUCAUUGUCGGACACACUUUGUCAGCUGCGUUUACUAACUGCAGACAAACACUGGUAGUGGAAGUGUGAUCAUUACCCAUUUUUUGAGGGACUACCAGACAUCUGUGAGCACUGUGGUUCUGACCACCUCCAUGUGUCCGACAUGAAUGCACCUUUCCUGGUGAAAGUAACUACAUUCAUACGUAGGUCAGAAAAGUGGAAAAAGUAUAAUAGGUCCCCUUUAAAAAUAUAUGAGUGAAUAAGUCGUGCUUUUUUCUGGUUGAAUACGGCUAAAUGAAGUGAAAUACAAAUAAGACAUUCAGAAGACGCAAUUAAAGACAUUGUGAUGAUAUGUAGUAUGUUUCAGUGAGACACACAAGCACCAGACUUGACCCCCGGAACAAAACGUGCUUUUAUGGCUGGUUUAAAUUCUCUCACAGCAACCACAAUAAUCCCUAACAAGAAUCCCUCAUAAAAACACAGGCUACUGUUGCAGGCGUAACCCUCACCAAGAUAAAACUUAAACCCCAACCUCACUUCGUGUACACCCGCCUCCCCUAGGGAACCCAUUUUUGGCAACACAUAAAAACACUGGUCUUAUUUUGUCUUAUUGUGUCUACUAUAUUGGGUAAUAUGAGUGUAAGGGUGAUAAUCGGGUAGUUAUUUAAAGUCAUUCAUGUUUAAAAAUAAAAGUACUUUACUUACAAACAUGUUUUCUGUGCUCUAACCACAAAAAUAUUUCAGUUCCUAAUACAUCUGGAAGCAAUGUCUGGGAUUUUCAAGCACACUUAAUACUGAUAAGAAUAUCCACCUUUUGUGUUUCUCUGUCUUUCUCUUGACUUAGACCGCACAUACUACGUACACUGCAUGCAUAAUAAAGACGUGUUCCUGAAUGCACCUCCAGUGAGUUUGGUGUUGCGCUGUCCCGAGAAAGGACGGAGACACGUCUUUGUGGGUUGUAGGCACAUACGCUAUACGGUGUUGGAACCGCACCGCUGUAGAGGUGUGCAGGUCAGAAUAAAGAGUCAAACUCUGACUGCGUGGGGACCUUACACUGUGCCUCCAUCCAGGCGUGGCUUGCCUGGAUGACUCGAACAAUAUCAACCUAAUGUAUGCGUUAUUUUUGACAGCCCUAGUUUUUCCACAAAACCUUGUCGGUAAUCUGGUGGAUGUGGUGUACAUGCAUAUAGAUCAGGGGUCGGGAACCUUUUUGGCUAAGAGAGCCAUGAAGGCCAGAUAUUUUAAAAUGUGUAUCUGUGAGAGCCAUAUACAUUUUUUUAAACAUUGAAUGCAAUAAAAUGUGUGCAUUUUUAUGUAAGACCAACAGUUUUAGAUAUAAUGGGCUCUAAUUAUGUAGACCAGGCACACUACCCCACGCCAAUGGGGUGUGGCCAGCAUACUUUCAUGAGCAGCGCAGUGUCUAAUAAUAAAUCUAAUACUUGUUGCCAUUAAUACAACUUCUGCUGCUGCAUAAUUUUGCACCAUACUCAGUAUAUUUCAUUCUUUUGGCCAUCUUCGUCAGAAGGCUUGGUUCUGCAGCUUUAGCUAGGUGACUAUUUGACUAAAGGAGGAAAGUCUACAUUUACAUGUUGACAUCUCAAUGACCGAGGUAGACUACCGCAUUACCCAGUAAUAAUCAAGUUUUGGUGUUUGACCUGGAAAAUAUCAUCAGGAAAGAUAGAUAUGGUUGGCCGUAUUGCAGUAGAAAAUAGAUGGACGAAUUAAAAUGCAUAAGAAAGUUGUUGAUUAUUUUUAACAGUCAUUUCUGUGAUGUUUACUUUAAAAUGUUAGCAAAAAUACAUUUUUAUUGAAGAAACGCUUGAGAGCCAGAUACAGUCAUCAAAAGAGCCCUACCUGGCUCCCGAGCCAUAGGUUCCCUACCUCUGAUAUAGAGUCUAGACCCGUUCAUGCAUCUGGAUUGGGGCUUUAAAGUGUUUUCUGCAUGCGUUGUUGAAAAAGUUACCCCUCAUGUUUGGCUCUCAAAGGAUGAAUGUAGGCUUCCCAGUAAAUCCAUCACUUCAUAACAACGAAACCAAGCUGGCUGCUUCACUGUAAAUCCUGUGAGAACAGAUGACGUGUCUACCAGCACCUUCUUCUUGGGUUUUAUGUAAAUAUGUUGCCAUGUUUCACUUCUUCAUGUUCUGCCUUUUCAUUUUGUUUUUGUAACGCUGCUGAGGUGUUUUUUUCUUUUUUUUCUCACAAGCUGCUACUAGAAAUGUAGUCACCGCCUGCCGCCACACACACACACACACACACACACACCACGUUGUUCAUGUACAGAGCACUGAUCUAUUUCCUGUAUUCUCUUGCAAACAAAUCCUUGUAUUUUCCUGUUAUAUGUAAAAUACUAAAGAAAAUGCAAUACAGCACUAAAGGUGUGAUGGUUUUUAUUAUUAUUAAAACUGAAGUGUUCUGGCGGUGGGUGUCACGUGUUCAGAAGGCUUCGGACCGGAAGUGCCGGACAUCCCUUCAGUACUAC